AUUGCCGGCUAUAUAAAGCCGAACCUGCCACGAACAUCGGCACUCCACCAUUGCUUCAGUCAAUACCACAACCUAUUCGCUCACCAUGCUUCGGGUUUUCAGCGUAUAUUUAUUUCUAACCAUUUUUCAGGCUGUAACGUCGCAAAUACCGGAGAACUGCAGGCGACCGCCUCCCGGAGGCGUGACGCCGGUUGAUUGCUGCAAGCUCCCGACGAUCUUCACCGACGAAGACUACAAAGAAUGUGGCAUUGAAAAGGGACCGCUGCCAAAAACUAGAGGACCAGAAGUUUGUUCAGAACACGUAUGCAUAUUGAAGAGGUACAAUCUUAUGAAGGACGACGACAUCGUAGACAGAGAAGCUUUAGCAAAAUUCCUUGAUGAUUGGGCUAAGAAGAACCCUGAAUUCAAAGACGCCAUGGAGCAAACGAAAAAGAAAUGCCUGGACAAGGAGUUACCCGGACCACCAGAGAUAUGCGAAGCUAAUAAGAUAGGCUUCUGUACAUUGGUGGUUACCUUUGAUAAUUGUCCGACAAUGGUGGAGAGCGCUGAAUGCAACAAGCUUAAAGAACACAUGGACAGCUGCAAAGCUUUCUAUCCUUUCUAAUGAAUUUAUUAUCUAUGCAAUUAAUGAGAAAUGUAAAAAAAUUGUAUAAAUAAAAAAUUGAGGCUCUAUUUAUCUCUAAAUCAUACAGACGAUACAUAAAUACAUGUUUUACAGCGUUUUAAUAUAAGUAUACGAGUGUUUUUUUUAUUAAUGUAAUU